AUGGUUGGUACCAGGUUGUAUAAGAUUGUGUAUGAGGUUGACCUGACAAUUGAAGUGCUUGAAAGACUUGUUGUGCUGAACUUGAAAGAUUGCAAGAGUCUCAUGGAUUUUGCAAGCAGUGUACGUGGCUUAAAAUCUCUUAAAGUUCUGAAUCUUUCUGGUUGUUCAAAGAUUAAAAAACUACCGAAUGACAUGGGUCACUUAGAAAGUUUGGAGGAGCUUCAUGUGAAUGGCACGGGCAUAAGAGAACUACCUUCCUCUAUUGGAAUGCUAGAAAGACUUCCUCUACUGAAAAUAGAAGAUUGCAAAGAUCUUGCGUGUCUUCCAAUUAAUCUAGGUGGCUUAAAAUCUCUCAAGGUUGUUAAUAUUUCUGGUUGCUCAAAUCUUGAAAAAUUGCCAGAGGAGUUGGGCAAUAUAGAGUGGUUGGUAGAAGUUGAUGUGAGUAGAACUUCUAUACGAGAACUGCCUUGCUCUAUUGGGAUGCUUGAAGGACUUGUUUCUAUGUCCUUGAGAGAUUGCAAACAUCUUGUGUGUCUUCCAAGAAGUGUGGGUGGCUUAAAAUCUCUCAAAAAUCUCAGUCUUUCUGGUUGCUUAAAGCUUGACAAAUUGCUGGAUGAGUUGGGUCAUACUCCGCAAACCACUCAUGCAGUCAUGCCUGGGGUUGGGUUGGAAAUGAAGUGUCAACGUUGGGCCGAUGGAAACCAGGUGCCCGGCCUUGGUCUAAGGUUUACGGAAGACUGGGGUCAACCUAUGUCAGAUCACAUUUGGUUCUCGUAUGUGCCCCAUGAUUAUUGCGGUAAAUAUGAGUGGCAGGAUAUCUACUGUCAGCUUGUAUUCUCAUUUCAUUUCCAUUACCGGCUAAAUGAGGAAACUGUGCAAUUGAAGAAGUGUGGGGUCCGCAUCGUAUAUGAGGAAGAUUCAGAGGAGCUUUGGGAAACAUUAUUGAAGCAGAGCAAUGUUGGCUUUAAUACCAAGCGAGGCCUUCAACAAUAUGAUGAUGAUGAUGCAACAUCUAGUAGUGCAUGUCAAGCUUAUCCAAAAACAAUUUAA